UUUAAUUCGAUUAAUAAUGAAAAAGAGGGAGAACAAAAGACUGAUAAAAGGCAUAUCAGCAGGCCAGAGGUGAUCUCCAUUCAAGUUCCCGUCCAAGAAAGGACAAAAUUAUAAGAUUAAGAACUUAACACACCUGAUACAAGAGAGGCAGAGACAACUAGGAAAACCAUUCUCUUCGAUGAUACAGGAAUCCGAUGAAGACUAUGCAAUAGCCGAUAUAAAGAUUGCAAAGAAAAAGGUGCCAAAGAGCAGGAAAAUAAAGAACAAAAGUGUGCAUGAGCUUUUAGGCUCAGUAGAGUCCAAUAGCGAACUUGAAGAAGGUCUUGGAGCAAGGCCUAAUUUUGAUACUAAUUAUGCCAAGAAGAACACUGGUCGUGGGCGCGGCAAAUUUAAAUCAAAAUGCCGAAAGAAAACCGCUCCUAAGCGUAAACCCCCAGCAUCUAGAAAGAGGAAGGCCCCUCCUAAGAAGAAAGGAGGGGGCAGGAAGAAGAAGAGAACAAUCAAGGACUUUAGAGAUCUCGAAGCAGAAUCUGAAGGAGGCUCGAAUGAUGAGCUUGAAGAUUCAGCAGAUGACCGUUACGAAAGCGACUUCAUUUGUGAUGACGAGACUGCUGGCAUCCUUGAAGAAGGUACCUACGAAGAGAGUGAGCAAGAAUAUUUCUCAAAAAGCGAAGGCUCUGAUAACUGAUCUGAUUGGAGCCAGGACUCACAAGAACGAUUUGAAAAUAUGGAAAUAGCCAAGAAUGAUGGAAAAGAAGGUCGAAACAUGUACCGACAUUGAAAAGAUGAAGAUAACUAUUAUCUUGAAAGAAGGUUUAGAAUCCAUAGAGACAUCUUUGAAAGUUUGUAAGUCCUUUAAAUAUUACCCUUUAGAUAUGCACAUCAAAAGACUGGAAUUGCAUGGCUCUAUAGACUCUUUCUAAAUGAAAAAGGAGGUGUACUAGCUGAUGAUAUGGGUCUUGGAAAAACAUGUCAGACUGCAGUUUACCUCAAAGGUUUAUUUGAUUCGAACCAGAUCAAGAAAGUGAUCAUAGUUGUUCCAUCAACUCUCAAAAUUUACUGGAAGGAAGAGAUCAAGAAGUGGAGCAAGGGUCUCAAUGUAAUGAUUCUUGAUAGCCAGAAGAAGGUUGAAAGAGAGAAAUCAAUAACAAGACUUAAAAAGAAAGGAGGUAUUUUAAUAACCA